ACAGUGUUCUGAUACUCCGCAAGAUGAUGGAUCAUCCAUCAGAUCGCCGUCUGCGCGGAGACCGUACGACGUACCUGGAUGGUAAAAUGCACUAGAUAGGUAAACUCUCCGCAGGUUAAUGUUGCUAAGACUUCUUGUCCUUCGUGAUUCCUGUAUCCAUUUUUCAUUAACUUUCGUCGUUUCUUCAUUUGCAGUCUUUAAUCUGCACCAUGAGUCCUGCGUUCUGUUGAAGACAUGACCGAUAACGACGAAAAAUGCCCGAGCAUCGCUUCGUGGGAUACAUCGAAGAAACCCCAAGACGACUUGAAAGAUCAAAAGGAAGAGGGAGGUGCUUUGGGAAACUACUUCCGAAUCUUUAAAUAUACAGACCGCUUAGGAUGGAUUUUAAAUGGCACCAGCUUCUUCGCUGCUAUUGCAGCGGGCACAAUGCUUCCAUUGAUGGAUCUUGUGUUCGGCAAAUUUGUGACUGUCUUCAAUAACUUUGCCAUCGGUGCAAUCACCCCAGACGAGUUCCGAUCUUCUCUGGGUUGGUGGGCGCUAUGGUUUGUGUAUUUGUUCAUCGCCAAGUUCGCUCUCAUAUACUACUACACGGUGGCUAUUUCUAUCUCCGCCAUUCGAACGACAAAAGCUCUGCGGAUUGACUUCCUGCGGCAUGUCGUUCGUCAGGAUAUCGCGUUCUUUGACACGUCAGGACCCGGGUCCAUCCCCACCCAGAUCACUUCGAAUGGCAACCAGGUCAACCAAGGCAUAUCAGAGAAGCUUGGAUUAACCCUUCAAGGCACCGCGACGUUCGUCGCCGCAUUUGUCGUUGCAUUUAACGUCAACGCUAAGCUCACUGGGAUUACGAUGGCGGUUGUUCCUGCAAUUUUGCUCGUCACGAGCGUCUGCGUUGGGGUGGACGUGAAGCAAGAUGCCCGGUUUUUGUCAACCCUUUCUAAAGCCAGUGUUCUUGCUGAGGAUGUCUUCUCGAGCAUCCGGACGGUCCACUCGUUCUGGUUGCAACCUAAGCUAAGUGCUAAAUAUGACGAGAUCUUGCGCGAUGCGGAGAAGCUCGGCCGCAAGAAGUCCCUGAACUACGCUAUUCUGUUUUCGUCGGAGUUCUUCUGCAUUUUCUCGGGUUACAGCCUAGCAUUUUGGCAGGGCAUUCGAAUGUACGGCAGUGGCGAGAUCACCAAUCCAGGAGAUAUUGUAACCGUCAUUUUCGCAGUUGUCGUGGCUGCCACGGCGAUGACGACAAUUGCUCCUCAGAUUUUAGUCGUCACGAAGGCAUCUUCUGCUGCGGAGGCAAUGUUCAAGACGAUUGACAGAGUUCCUGAAAUCGACGCAUUGUCCGAAGAAGGUAAACGGCCGGCGAGGUGUGCCGGAGACAUCCGUCUUCGAAAUCUGCGUUUUGCGUAUCCAGCUCGAAAGAAUGUGCCUGUGCUGAAAGGAUUGAAUCUGGAUUUUCCUGCCGGAAAGACAACGGCGGUCGUCGGUCCCAGUGGGUCGGGUAAGAGUACGUUGGUAGGCCUCCUGAAUCGUUGGUACAACCCAAGCGAAGGAAAUCUAUACUUUGACGGUGUCGAGAUCACCCAGCUGAAUAUACGUUGGCUGCGGAGUCAAAUCCGGGUUGUCGCUCAGGAGCCCGUACUGUUUACCGGAUCCAUUUUUGAGAACGUGGCCCUGGGCCUGGAAGGCACCGAUAUGGUGGAUUUACCUAUCGAAGAGAAACAGAGAUUGGUCAAAGAGGCAUGUAAAGCGGCAUAUGCAGAUGAGUUUAUCGAGCAACUCCCAUGGCAAUAUGAGACCCAGGUCGGCGAACGAGCAAUGAUGCUUUCCGGCGGCCAGAAGCAGAGAUUGGCGAUUGCCCGCAGUAUUAUUUCUAACCCACGAGUCCUGCUUCUUGACGAAGCAACUAGUGCUUUGGAUCCGAAAGCUGAGAAGAUCGUACAAAAGGCGCUCGAUAACGUGUCCGCAGACCGGACGACGCUUGUCAUCGCACACAGGCUGUCGACAGUCAGAAAUGCAGAUAACAUUGCAGUUCUCUCGGAUGGGGCUGUUACGGAGCAAGGCACCCAUGAUCAGUUAAUCGAGGCGGACGGCAUCUAUGCCCGACUUGUCCGGAUUCAAGACUUAGGCAACUCCGAAGAUGAUGACGCGGAUGAUGACAUGGAGCAGCCGGUUACCAGGAUGACCUUGGGUAGGUUCGGGACUAUGCUCCAACCUGGAGAAGGGGAUGGUACCUCCGGUAAAGAACUUGAGCUGAAGCUGCAAUAUGGGCUUAUUAAGAGCUUGUGGAUCAUGCUGGCUGAGCGCAAAGAACUCUACCCAGCUUUGCUUGUCACGGGGAUCGUCUGCAUCAUUGGAGGUGCUACGUACCCAGCGCAGGCCAUCGUCUUCUCCCGAGUCUUUAACACGUUCCAGUUAGAAGGCGAAGAGAUGAUCAAGCAGGGUAACUUUAACUCACUCCUUUUCUUUAUCAUUGCUCUGGGGAACCUCGCUGCGUACGGCAUCUUAGGAUGGGCAACGAACACCAUCGCUCAAGUAUGCGCUCGGCAUUACCGCCUGGAAAUGUUCCAGAGUCUCAUGCGGCAAGAUAUUGCCUAUUUCGACGCCCCAGAACAUGCCACUGGAGCACUGGUCUCGAAACUCGCAUCCGAGCCGCAAAACCUCAUGGAUCUCCUCGGGUUCAACGUCGGUCUGAUCCUUAUUAAUUUUGUGAACAUUACCGCCAGCUCAAUCUUAGCAUUCAUCGUGGGCUGGCGCCUUGCUUUGGCCGUUGUGUUCGGCGCGCUACCGGUCCUCGUCUUCUGUGGCUACCUACGCAUUCGCUUGGAGACCCACUUGGCUGAUGCCACGGGUGCACGAUUUGCAGAAGGAACUGCGUUUGCGACGGAGGCGAUUUCGGCCAUUCGGACUGUUGCUUCUUUGACUUUGGAGAAGCACACGGUCGGCAUGUUCGAGGAAAAGGUUGCGGGAGUGGCGAGACACUCGGCGAGAGCGUUAAUGUGGACUAUGUUCUGGUACGCCCUGUCGCAAUCGGUGACAUUCUUGGCUAUGGCGCUGGGUUUCUGGUAUGGUGGUCGCCUCAUGUCUUUCGGGGAAUAUACCACAACCCAAUUCUUUAUUGUGUUUGUGUCCGUCAUCUUCUCAGGGGAAGCGGGUGCCGCGUUCUUCUCUUACACCACGAGCAUUACCAAAGGACAAGCCGCUGCCAACACCAUCCUAGCGCUGCGAAAGAAAGUUUCCAUCGUCCGCGAAGCAGACGGCUCCAAUGAGCACGAGAAAUAUUCCGACGCUCCUGGAGGUAUUGAAGGCGAGAAAAUCCAUUUCGUCUACCCAAGAAGACCAGGUACGAAAGUCAUCAAGGGUAUCAGCCCAAUCAUCCUUCCCGGUCAGUUCGCUGCCUUCGUCGGUCCGUCCGGCUGCGGGAAAUCCACCAUGAUCGCCCUCCUUGAGCGUCUCUACGACCCCGUCUCCGGCGUCAUCCGCUUCGACGACAAAGACAUCACGGCGCUCAACCCGCGCCAUUACCGCGCACAAUUAUCUCUCGUCCAACAGGAACCGGUUCUCUACCAGGCCUCGGUGCGGGAGAACAUCGCCAUGGGCCUCUCCGAGACGGACGCGACGGAAGCGCAGAUCAUCCAAGCGUCGCAGCAAUCGAACAUCUAUGACUUCAUCACCUCGUUACCGGACGGAUUCGACACGCUUUGCGGCUCGAAAGGCGGGCAAUUGUCCGGCGGUCAGCGCCAACGGAUCGCGAUCGCUCGUGCACUGAUCCGCAAACCAAGGCUACUGUUGUUGGACGAGGCGACAUCGGCGCUGGACACCGAGUCGGAGAAGGUGGUGCAGGCGGCGUUGGAGAGGGCGAAAGCGGGGAGAACGACGGUGGCGGUGGCGCAUCGGUUGUCGACGAUCAAGGACGCUGAUGUGAUUUUCGUGUUCAAUAAAGGGAAGAUUGUGGAGCAGGGGAACCACCGGGAGUUAAUGGGGAGGAGGGGGAUGUAUUAUGAGAUGUGUUUGGGUCAAUCGUUGGAUCGAUGAGCAUGAGGAUAGGGAUCGAGGGGUGCAUUGAAUUUAACACGAGGACAUCCAAGGAAAAGGCUCUUUUUUCAAUUAGAAACCUAGG